AAAUGCCAGCCAGUAUCACGCGAAACGCAGUGCAAACUACUCGUUCACCGCCCGCAUGCUUGUGAAACGAACACGAAAUUUAAAUUACGAACUCGAAUUUCAUAUUUCGAACUUGAUGACAGAAAAAAGUUUUGAUCGAUACCGUAGUGCUGUGCUACUGCUGUUAGCGAGCGAACUUUAAUCGAUGCACAGUGAAAUCGAUUAAAUAGUGCAGUUGACAUUUGCCGCGUGCUGAUAAUUAAACUGUUAAAGGUUGAAUCCAAAGUUAAGGCGCAGUGUAACAGUGAGUUAUGACAAUAGAGUUUAUGAUCCGGUAGUGCGUGAAAUAGUGUCGUCAUGAGUUUUAAACGUUUUUUGUUGGUGUGUGCAACACUAUGGUGUUUUUAUUGGGCCGCGGCGCAAGCGCAGGCCGGUUCUCCAUCAUCACAGAUACCCAGGACUCGGUUCACGUGCCACGGGCGAGCGGCCGGUUAUUAUGCUGACGUAGAGACGGGCUGCCAGGUGUACCACAUGUGCGACGGCCUCGGCCGCCAGUUCAGCUACACGUGCCCCAACACGACGCUGUUCCAGCAGCGGAUGCUCAUCUGCGACCACUGGUACAUGGUCAAUUGCUCCAAGUCCGAGAGCGACUAUGACGCCAACCUACUCAUAGGUCAACGCGACAAACCGUUCGUGUCAGAAGAGGAGAUGCGCCUGCGCACGCCACGGCCUGACAUCUUAUCCGUGCCUCCGAAUAAUAACUACUACGAUGGACUGAAACAGGCCGAGUCUAAGUUCCCGGUUCACCCAGGAAACAGCAUUGUGGGCAUCGCAGACACAAUAUCGAAUGUGAACAAUAAUGAUUUAGACAGCGGGAAGAACUACAGACCCCCUACAUCUUGGUCUACUGGCGUCGGAGACAGAGGCCAAUCGCCUAAUUACAAUACAGGAAUAAAUCAAGAAGUGACUCACGAUAACAUCGCAGGUGCCGCAUCACAAGCGGCUACACCAACCUUCAGACCGACUGCUCAGGAUAAUGAAGUGACGAAUUCGAUACCAACAAGAACGCCAAAUGUUAAACUUCCAUCACAAGAGCUAAAUCCACCGUUCCCACCAGUUACAACGACCACCGAAGCCACCUCUGAAGAGUUCGACAUCGAUGUCAGAAUGAGAACAGAUUCUUCAGAAGAUCCAGUGUACAACUUCAUUAAACGCUUCGAUCCAAAUUCGCCCAGUUCUCACAAAACAGCUAUGACGAGAUCUGAAAUCAUAAAUAUAAAUGAACAUCUGCCAGCAGGACAAGUGAGCUCUGAAGAUGAGAGGACCCCAAGGAAGAAUAAAAAUGAAGGAAACUUCAAUAGCGUUCAGCAAGGCAACGAUAAAAGCUUUACGGAAAGAUCGAGGUUUGACUCCGUUAACAUAAAGCCUACAUUCACAACGGAGCCAACUGUUGCCUUUUCAGAUAGUCAACCAAGAGCGAAUCAAGUGCCAGUUCCGGAGAAGGAGUUAUUGCCACCAAAAACGGAUUUCUCGGAACAGCCUUCAACAACGAUGGGUCCUCCGAUUUACUAUGAAUGGAAAUGGGCAGUGCCCGCUUUCGAUUUGGACCCUCCGAAACAGAAAAACGUGUCAGAUGAUGAAGGAGAGAACACCAAAGUGGUUCAAGGGCGUAGUCCCUUCAGUAGCGUCACCCGACCGACUCCGGUGACGGUAGACCCAACUCCAAGCAACACAGAAUAUAAUAUCAGUUCAUACUUCGUGCCUGAUUACGUUUUUCCUCUAGACAAAGCGCAUCCAGGAUAUGACGACGACAAUGCUGAGACGUCCUUCCAGGUGAAAGUUGCGAGGCCAGGGAGAGCGAGUUAUGGGGAGAACCCCAACUGCCCGCAUUGCCACCCCGCUUACCUGAACCCAGGCUCUUGUGAGCCUUGUAUUGUGAAGCGGUAACACCCAUUUGUGUGUAAUAGAGGAAGCCUUAUGAUACCUACUAUUUAAGUGAAAAAGCCAUAGUACUAAGUAUUUUUGUAUACAGUAAACUGUAAAUAGACCUCUUUGCAGAUAUUUGGAGCACUGAAACAAAGACCAUACCUGUUUGUCAUAACAAUAGCAAUAAAAUAAUAUAAUAUUUGAAUAAUUAAGAGUCGACCUUCGGUAUAACUUUAUUGUAUCCUAAUUUUUAUGUGAUAAAUCAGGAGUCUACGUAAUAUGUUAUGGCCCAUCUAUAUACCCACUAAUUUUAGGUAAAUUAAUAUAAAUAUUACAGAUUUUCAUAUUACCUAAAUACCAUUUGUUCUUUAUCACAGUGCAGGAAUUUAUAGAAUCCAUGCCCUCUUGAACAGCACGACCCUUCCUGAGCUGGGGUUCAAUUUACCAAAAGUUAAAAUUGUGUACCUCACAACUUUUUUAAGGAAAUAUUUCUAAAAAACGAUAGCCAUUAGCUACUUGUAAAUCUAUUUAAUAUUAAAUUAGUAUUGUCACAGAAAAAUUUUGACUUUUCCCUUUUGAUUAGACAGUUAACUCUAAAAGAAAUAUAAUUAACUGUUUUUUUUAUAUUGUAACAAACAGUUUUAUGUAAAUUAUUAGUUAUAAAAUAACCAAUUUAUUUUAUAAUUAACAAUAAUUACUUACUAUAUAAGUAGAUACAUAUAACAUUCAUGUCCAGAAAAUAGAUCAACGCUUAUAGUUUUAUAUUACCCAAAUAUUUGUUACCCAAAUGUUGACAUUUGGGUAACAAACAUGAACCCAAAUACCUAAUAAAAAUAAUGUGUACGAAAUACAAUUAUUUAAAGCAUUUAUUAAUAAUUGUAUAGUAAAUUUUAUAUUUGUUGUAUAUUUUCAAAUGCACUUUCUUCCACGCACAACCUCUCUUUGGAAUCAACUUCCAGCAGCAGUAUUUCCGAACCGAUAUGACAACAUAACCUUCUAGAAAAGAGUAUAUUCCUUUUUAAAAGGCCGGCAGCACACCUGCAAUGCCGCUGGUGUUGUGGGUGAUCAUGGGCAGCGGUAGUCACUUACCAUCAGGUGAGCCGCAUGCUCGUUUGCCCAUUGUGUUGUAAUAUAUAUAUAUAUAUAUAUAUAUAUAUAUAUAUAUAUAUAUAUAUAUAUAUAUAUAUAUAUAUAUAUAUGCUGUUAGGAGUUUUGCCAAUAAUUGCCACGUUUGGUAGACGGGUUGGCAACCGCAAUUAGACUUAGAGUGGUAUUUUAAGAAGGACGCUGCUGCCCUCUCCGUCAACCAGCAAAUUCCCUUAAUCGCUUCUUAAGACAUUCAUGGGAAAGGAAAGGGUGGCCCAUUCUAUGUCAGGACUACUCGACCAAUAGGAUAUCUUCUAUGUAUAUAAUUAUUUUGAACAAGUUUUGAUGAUUUUUUCGGUUUCGUUGUUAAUUAAAAUGAACACAAGAUCAAUUCUAUAAGAAACUCAUUAAUUUCUAUAUUAACUUAUAAAUUAUAAAUAAAUUUCGAGUUUUUACAUCAACAAAUUAAGCUCGAGUCUGGUAUCGAACCUGGGAACUUCAUAGGACAAUGUAUCGAUACUAUUACUGAAGUGUUACAAAAGUUGAACUUUAAUAUAUUAUUCUAUAGAGUCGAAUUUGCCAUUAUUAAAAUUGUAUAUUAGCUCUUAUAUUUGUGUAAGGAUUUAUCAAAAUACCAUGACAUACUAAUACUUAAUACAAUAUUAAUAAGGUUUAAUUUCCACUGAGGCAAUAUGUACCUAUGCUGAGUGUUUAUAGAAAUAUGUACUUUAAUAAUUAAUAGGAAUAAGUGCUAUAUUACCACUUUUAGAUUACUACAUUAGUAAUUACAUACUUAGCACUGGAUAUCAUAAAGGACAUUGUCACCCAUGAUAAGCUUUCAUGGGUAUUUAUUCUAAACCAGAGAAGUAGUGUUACGCUUAUGCCUCGCUGUACCCAUUAAUUGUAAAAAAAAAAAUAGAUUAUUGUAUACUUUGCCUACCGAAAGAUAAAAAAAAAAAACUAGAUAGAGUAAUAAUGUAUGUCACAUUAACCUACUUCCAAUAACUAGCUCAUAAUUUAUUUAUAUGUUUUUAUAAUAUGUUUUUGUACAAUUUUACAAUGUAUGUAGAUAGUGAUAUAAACAAUAAAUUGUUUUAAAAUUAUAAUCAA